GUCGCCCUCAAGAUUCCCCAUGGCCCCUUCAACAACAGUCCCGAGUGCUUCGGCCAUCGAAGUCCCGGAGACUCUCCUCAAGAAACGCAAGCAAACUGAAAAGGCUCGGGAGGAGCGUCUUGUGGCCGCGUCGGCCGCUCGCAAGGCAUCAAAAGCGAAGCGAAAGGUCAUCUUCAAGCGUGCAGAAUCAUAUGUGAAGGAGUAUCUGGCAAAGGAAAAGGACGAGAUCCGCCUGAAGCGUGCUGCACGGACUGCUGGUGAUUUCUACGUUCCAGCGCAGCCGAAGGUCUACUUUGUUGUACGCAUUCGUGGUAUCAACGAGAUCGCUCCAAAACCCCGCAAAAUCCUCCAACUUCUCCGCCUUCUUCAAAUUAACAAUGGAGUCUUUGUCAAGGCUACCCGUGCCACACAACAAAUGCUCAGACUCGUUGAGCCCUACAUCACAUACGGCGAGCCUAACCUGAAGUCCGUCCGCGAACUCAUCUACAAACGCGGAUACGGCAAAGUUCAGAAACAGCGUAUUCCUUUGACAAAUAACGCUGUAAUCGAGGAAGCUCUUGGCAAAUUCGACAUUCUUUGCGUCGAGGAUCUUGUGCACGAGAUUGCAACCGCAGGCCCUAAUUUCAAGCAGGCAUCUAACUUCCUCUGGCCCUUCAAGCUUUCCAACCCUACUGGUGGCUGGAGAACACGGAAGUUCAAGCACUUUGUUCAAGGCGGUGACUUUGGUGACAGGGAAACCAACAUCAAUAAAUUGAUUAGGCAGAUGAACUAGUUUUCUUUCAUACUUACAUCACAUGUUCUAUGGCAUUAUGUCACAUGAUGACUCGAA